UUGUCACAGUUCGUCGCCAUGGGUGCUGGUGCCAGUGUCGAGGAGAAUCGCAAGGUUCUGAAACUUUCCAUCUACAGCGCUGCGGCAGCACUCCAAGGUGGCUGUGCACCGGAGGAAGAGGAGCUUGAUGAAGGGGAAGAUUAUGACGGUUGUUUCCCCGACGCAAGUUUCACUCGCUUCAUGCGCGGAAAGCUUCCAAAGGAAGAGGUGCAAGAAGCAGUGCGAAAAUGGGUUCAAGAGCAGAUUGCUGAGUCUGAGGAGGAUCAGAAUGAUCAGAAGAGGAGCAUUUGGAGGGAUGCUUUGCGUGCCUGCCAGGGUCGAAGUCCCAGGUCCAAGACGUCCUAUUUGAAAGCUAUUGAUUUAUUGGUCGAGACUAUCGGCAAAGACGAUCCAGAAAUCAUCCUGAUCAGCGGGCUGCAGGUGAGCGGAAUUCCCGACUUUGCCUAUGCUCUGCUGGAAUCUUUGCCGGAGGUUCAGAGCUUCAGCAACGGCAGCUACCUUGAAGUGCUGAUGGAAUUCUAUCCGCCCUACGUUGAAUCUUACCAGCAAUCCUGGGCCAUGGAGUUUUGGCACAAGGAGGUGCUUCCCCGAGCCAAAGAAGCGAUUGUCGAGCGGCUCAAGGAGAAGAACGAUGAGGGUCGUUGUAAAGUACUCUUUGAUAGCUUCGACGGCACCAUGCUGCACAGCAUGGGCGAAUGGCUGCGGUUGGGUGCAGAUCCCGUCGGCUUCUUGGAGCCUGAGGAGGUGGAGGAAUUCCUGAAGUUGCACCGCCAGGUGGAAGACUACUGGCCCCGUUGGCCCGCGCAUCUGGAUUUGGUGAAGGCGAUUGCCACGCGCGACAAGGUGGCACUCAGCAGUGCCUUAGACAAGGCCAAUCUGAACGAAGACGCCAUUGAUGGGGACUCCAAGACGGCGAGUCUACUGGUCCUAUCCAUGUGGAAAUGCUGGCAGCGGAGGUGGUCCGAGAUCUUGCUGGAGAGACAACACAUCGUUAUGGAUGGGAAGACAGUUUGGCUCCCCUACGAUGACCUCGAAAUCUUCAAGAUGAUUUUGGCGCGACCCGACAUUGAUCCCAAUGUCGGCGCUUACAGCUACGGAUGGCAUGGCUCUCACGUGCGAGCAACAGCACUGGGAAUGGCGCUAUUAGCAGACUUGGACACAGGCUGCUGCGACCACCUACUAGAAGGUGACAGUCUUUUGGUGGCUCCGCGCCGGGAGAUUGUGGAAGUGUUGGCCAACGAUCCCAGAGUGGACCUGGAAGACGUCUUCUUCGAGCACUAUGAGGAAGGUGGUGAUGUUUGGCUCAGCGCGCUGACGUUCAUGCAAUGCAAGAGUUAUGGUGCCAUCGACAUGGCCAGUGCGAUGGUUUUGAUGAAAGCUGGCGCGCUGAUGUCUCCAGGAUGGGUGAAGCUCCUUGAGGAUUUAGAUCAAGGUCUUCAGAAGGACCUCAACGAAGAGCUGCAACAGCAGCUGAUUCAGGAGCAAGAGGAAGCUGGCAAUGUGAGGCAGUUGCAGAGGACAAACCUGCAGGGCUACACCUUGUUUGAAGACAACAGCCAUGUUCUGCGCAUGAACAAAUCGGAGAUUCUGAAGAGCCGAAUUGAAGGUGAGAAGGAGGUCAAAGAGUGGUAUGGCAUUGUGAAGAAAGGCUCCUUGGUCUUCACUUGGCCCAAGAGCUUCCCUCCCAACUACUGUCGCGCAGCCCACGCUCUGGACUCGGCUUUUAGGAAGUCACUUGGACGGGGAGUUGUUUGUUGCAUCUUGGAUUUUUUGCCCUUCUACGAGUUCAACCGCCGUAGAGUCCCACGAUCCACGUUCCAUAAGCAGGUGGACGUGUUCGGUCGACCUGUAGCCCCUUGCAUCUAUGACAUGAACCAGUUCCAGGGGAAGAUCCAAAAGAAGUUGCAGGAAGAAGAAGAAGAAUGCGAGAUCUUGGAGGGGGAAAGGGAUGAAGAAGCUGAAGCUGAAGAAGCUGAAGAAGCUGAAGGGAAAAAAGAAGAGUUUCCCGAAAUCAACGAAACCUGUUGGGCUCAGGACACGUCUCUGCGACUUGACCCAGUUGAUCCCCCUGAUGAAUGUGAAGAGUGAGACAGGGUACCAUGGUACCAUUCGGCUGCUUAGGCGGAUUCCUGCAAUUCUCGGUGAGAAACUUC